AUGCCUAGCGGGUCCCGUCGAACCACGCCGCGUCGCGCGCGCUCUUCUUCAGUCGCAUCCAACGCGUCGGCUGGGUCUACCAGGAGCGCUCGAUCCAGCAGCAAGACCGCAAAGUCUCCCUCCAAAGGUCGAGCUUCAGUCAAGAGCUCUACUUCUGCUUCAGCUGCGAACAAUCACGAGGAGCUCGAGCGCCCAGCUCUGCCUGUGAAGCGCAACCCUGUGCUGCCCAGCGAAGAUGUGCCAGUCAAGCUGCAAGUCAUCCGCCGAGAUGGAAAGUGAGUGUAUGCUACGUGUGAGACUGCAGGUGGCAUGCCAUCGGCUCGCCAGCUGACAUGGAAUUGACCGUCGUUCUGUCUCGAAAGGAACAUCAUCAUUGGCCGCGUCAAGCUCCCUACUGUCAAUGGCUCAGACCACGCGUUCCUUUUGAAGCGGUGAGUGCUUGACGGGGCUGAUCUUGACACGCGACACGACGCAUGAGUGCUGGCUGACUUGGUCGAAAACUCGGCCUCUCCAUGUGCUGUAGAUUUGACACGAAUGCAGUCGCAGCAUCAUCCAUGUUCCGUCUCGCAUUUCCCUGGGCGACUGGUGCAGAGGAGCGGGCCGAGAUGGCUUACUUGGAAUCGCGCUUUGAUGCCGAGCGAGCCAACGGAGGAGAGCCACGUGAGCCAGUCGCUACGCCGAAGCGUAAGCCUGGCAGGCCCAAGAAGCAGAGCGAGGAAGAAGCGGAAACGGAAUCUCACGGAACUGGCAGCACCGGGGUGCGCUUGCAGGGGAUCUGGAUUCCGUCCGCAGAUGCACUUGAAGUCGCCGAAGAAUAUGGACUCGAGCAAUUCGCUAAGCCUCUGAUUGAGGCUCGAGCCGAGCAUUCCGACGCUGGACCUCUCCUCACUCCGAGCAAGAACGACACUGUCUCUACGCCUAGCACUGCACGCACCAAGCGCGCGCGCACCAAGGUCGAGGAGACCGAAACGGCUUCUGUCACCGCUGACGGCAGUCCGGCCAUCAUUCGCACUCGUACAGUCACUGCACCCAAUGGGGAUGUCAAGUCAGAGAGCACCACAACUCCUCUGACGGACGCUCAGAUCGCGGCAGAUAUCAAGCAAGCCAAAGCACUAGCAGCAGAAGCGCAAGCUAGCGUAUCUUCUCGUGGAGGUUCUAAAAAGAGACGCGCUCUGGAUCAGAACGCCAGCGCUGACAUUGACCACUUGGCAGACGAUGAGGAUUAUCAGAGCAACGUCAUUGUGCGCUCUGUCAGACGAGGCGCUGGAGUAGUGCGCCAUCGCCCCUUGGCCACAUCCGCUGGUGCUAUCGGAACUGUGAGCGCCCUCGGUGUUGGAGCGCUGGCUUGGAUGUCGGGAGGAAAUGUGGAUGUGGCUACCCAGAUCAUCCAACAGGGGAUCGCAAACCUUGGCAACUGGUUCUAA